UAAAUCCACCCACUAACAGGUGCCAUGAUGAUCAUCAGAGUUCUUCACUGUGUUCUUUCACUCAGUGUUAUAAUGUUAUAGCUGUUCAGUGUAGAUUUGUGUCACAUAAACUAAGAUUAAGUGACAAAUAUAAUAACAGGAAAAUUACAGUCUUAAUAAAUCACAGUACUUUGAAUACUUAAGUACAUUUGAGGACAAAUACUUUUGCUCAAGUAAAAGUUUAAAGGGAAACUUUACUUGCAGAAAUAUUUUUCUGAGUCUAUCUCUUCUCUAAUAAUAAUAAUAAUUAUUAUUAUUAUUAUAAUCAUACUUAUAACGUGUGUGCGCGUGAACUCUGAUUUGUUUGGAGAGGCGCUCACCCCCCUCUCGUGCGCGCUGUUCACUUCCGCUCGGCCGCGGUGUUCACUUCCGGCUCGGAUCAAGCAGCUCUGCUACAAUCUCGCUGUGAGAUCUCACACACACACACACAGAGAGAAACACACACACACACACACACACUCCACAACAAGGAAACGAUGCCUCGGCAUUAGACCCUGCAAUCGAGCGGCGCGCGCACCCUCGCCGUUGACGGUAGAUGAUCGAGGCGGCGCGCGGUUCCGGUAGAGUUUCUCGGCCAUGAUGCUCGGCGCGCUCUUGUAAGCGAACAGGAGCGCUCUUUCUGUCCAAAAUGCCCGACUGCUGCGCCGCAGCCGACUGCAAGCAGAGCUCCGACCAGUGCAACGUCUCCUUCUUCAGGUUCCCCCUGGACCCCGAGCGAUGUAAACAGUGGGUGGGGAACUGUGGCAGAGCGGACCUGCAGAGUAAAUCGCCCGAGUACCUCCACAGAAACUUUAAACUGUGCUCGAGACACUUCGAGGCGUCUCUGAUACAGAAGGAAAGCGAACUGAAGACCGUUUUAAAGGAUGGAGCCGUCCCCACCAUAUUUGACUUCACGACCAAGAAGGGUAACUCGCAGAACAGCGCCAGGAAGAGAAGGAUACAAGCUGCUGCAACUGAACCAGUGGAAGCAAAAAAGGUGAAAGAUGAGUCCCAGGCGGUGGCCGUGGCACCAGAUGAGACCCAAGAGUCCACGGAGAACGCUAUACAAGAGGAAUCGAUCAGACCAGAGAAGGAGGAUCCUGCUACGUCCAACGCUAAGGAACUCCUGAAGCUCCACUUUAAGGAGACGUUAGCGCUCACCGGCUUCAGCAUUGUGAACAAUGUCUCUACCGGUGCGACCAAGUCCAUGGGGGGUGGAGCCGUCGGACCUCUCCCGGUCGACCCUGUUUGCGCAGAGGAGAUCGACCCGAAAGACGUGCUGAGGCUCGGAGAGGACGUGAUGCGUGAGGAGAUCCGAAACGCCUUGCGCAUGGCUCGGUUUUUUUCCAUUCUUCUUCAGGACAAGGCGAACAUUGAAGGCAAGGAUCAGAUCCCUGUGUUCAUACGAUCCGUCUGCAACGACGGCUUUCCGCAAAAGCACCUGCUGGGGUUCCUGCCCUGCGACGUGGACUCGGACAGCCUGUACCUCAUGCUCCUGUCGGAAAUCCGCAACAAAUGGGGACUUCGAAUGGAGCACUGUCGAGGCUUCACCUACCUGACGACGGGCGGCUUGUGUAAGAAGCUGAAAGAGUUCUCCUGUCGGAUGCUCCGGGAUUUCCCGCAGGUUGUCCUGGCUCCCAGCGACCCUUAUGCUUUCAACAUGUGGCUGAUCCGCUCCUUGCCUGUUCUUUCCGUACAGGAGGUGGUCGACACCGUAGAGGAGGUGGCCUCCAUCCUCAGGCAGUCCGAGACGCUUAUGAAAAAACUGCUGACGAAGAUUACGGCGGCGUACAGUCACAUCAAAGGAGAGGUGGAUCGCGUCAAGGAGUCUUGCCAGAACAAUUGGGAAUACGGCACGGAUGCCUUCCAGACCAUGCUGGACAUUCUCGAACCUCUGCUGAACAGCAUCGGAGAGAUGUGCACCAGCUCGUUGUCUGCGGUGGACGCGACCAUUGUAGAACAGGUGCUCAAGCUCAAGGAGAAGCUCAAGAACUUCAACUUCAUCAUCACCCUGGUGAUCCUGAAGAACACUUUGUGCUGUGUGAGCAUCCUGAACCCGAGCCUGAGGGGGAUCAUCAGCAUUAGCAGCACUUUGCAAUACACUAUCUCCAAUGCCUUAAAGCUGCUCAAUAAGCACCUCCAGGAGAUCCCAAUAUUCCACAGGAAGUGGUUCUCCGAUGCUGUAGGCAGGGCCAAAAAGCUUGGCGUCUCGGUCACUCUGCCAGCAGACACUGCUGCCAACGGUGACUCUGACAACAAAACGCAGACCUCACCGGAGGACUACUACAGGGAAACACUAAGCAAAAUGGUCCUGCAAUACCUCAUUGACGAGGUCAAGAGAGUCCUUGGUACUGAGAUGGUCAGAAUCCUGAGAUGGCUUUCUUUAGUGCCGUCGUACAUGGCUGACCACAACUUCAGCAUUCGAAAAGACAAGGUUGCAGACGCCAACCUGAACAACCUGGCUCGCCCAGACUCCUUCUACGAUGAGCUCGGGUGCUGGGAGGUCAAGUGGAGGCACGCGAGCAAGCGCAGGAUCCUGCCCACCGGCGUCUUCGCCACCUUAAAGAUCCCCGAUAUCGGGUUCUACCCCAACGUCCAGAGUCUGUUAAGAGUCCUGGGUUCGAUCCCCUGCAUCAAUGCCGACUCUGAUGUGUACGUGCAGUACGACAUGGUGCUGGAAAGAUACCGCUCCUACAUGAAGGCCACACCGGCAGAGAAAAGACUGUGCAACAUGGCGUUCAUUUACGUCAAUCAGGACGUGCACUUCAAUUUCGACGACAUGGUCCAGUCCUACGUGGAAAGCCAUCCGGACAUACUGCAGCUGCUUUGUAAGGAUGAGGUUAUGGACGUUCAACCUUCAGCAACAGAAAAUAAUACAAAUGAUGCCUCGAAGGACGACACGGAAGAGCCGAGAGAAGUUAUUUUGGACAUGGAGUCGGAGAGGCCAAGACCAGCCGAGUGUUCGGGGACCGAUAAAGAGGCGUUAAAGUCUGCUCUGAAAGCGGCGCUCGACGCAGCAUGCAACAGCCAAAGCAGACAACUCCAGGGCGGUUCGGAGAGCGAGGUCGAAUACGUGACCAAAUCCGAAAUGAACGAAGUUUUGAAAGUGUGUGCGGAUGUGGUGCGAGAGGGGGUUCUGUCAGAAGCAGGAAAUUCGUUCUUCUCGCUGUUCAUUGAUCGAGCGGUGAAGUUUGGCGAAACGGACUUCCUCCCGCUGUUUCUCAGGUUUGUGGACAGUUUUGAUGUCAUGCAUUUGGAUCUGAUGGGGUUUGUGGAAGCGGAUCUGGAUAUCGAGUCGAUGAGCGAGCGCCUUUUCGACAUCGUCACUAAAGAGUGGCGUCUUGAUUUCAAAUACUGCAGGGGUCAGGCUUACUUGGGUUCUGGAGAAAACUCGUACAAACUCAAGGCGUUUGCGUGCAAAGUUCAGGAGAAGUACCCUCUCGCAAUAUGCACUCACUGUUCCUGUUACUCCUUUAACACGUGGUGGUCAAGGUCGGUUCCUGUCCCCUCCAUCAGCAGAGCUUUGGAUAUACUUGAGAAGAUAGUUUUGUUUUUCAGCACCUCACCCGAACUUGAAAAACAGCUGGAUCAAGUCAUAGCUGUUGGUCUGCGUGAGAGCUACGAGAAGAUCCACGAGUUUCAAGGCACCUUCUGUUCCUCGUGGCAGGAGAAGCACGACUCCUAUGAUGUCUUCUCUCAGAUAUUGGAACCUCUAGUGGAUUGUUUGGAGAGGUUCCAAAACAGCAGUCCACCGAUGUGGAGUUUAGCAGUGAUCAACCAAGCGAAGAAACUCCUCCAGCUGAUCCGAGACUUUGACUUCAUUGUGGCGAUCGUGGCUUUAAAGAACAUCUCGUCUUUCACCAGAGAACUGAGCGCAGCUCUUCAGAAAGACCAUUUCAGCGCCGCGUCACAGCUCUGCCAGAUCAGCGGCAUUGUAGCUACGCUCAACCGACUCAAAACCAACGUAAAAGUGUUCCACCAAAACUGGUUUGAUGAAGCGUGUUCCUUCGCUCAGACCUUAGGCGUGCAGGUGAAGGUGCCUGAGAGUGUCCCGUGUCCCAGAGACAACCUGCUGAAACCAGGUGCGUACUAUAAGGACGCCAUCAGCGUCCCUUUAGUCGACCAUAUCAUCAACUCUGUCAAAGACCAUUUCUCCGAUGACCACAAAGAGGCGCUCAACUUCUUAUCUCUGGUCCCAUGUUCUGUAACGAUGAGCUACACAUUCGAAAGCCUGAAAUCGAAACCUCCGUUGUACGUCGGAGACCUUCCUGAUCCUGAGAACUUCUUCACAGAACUUUCCUGCUGGAAGGUGAAAUGGAAAACUAAAGUGGUUUCCCCGACGAUACCGGACACUAUAUUUCAGACUCUCCGCCUGCCACUCAUGCAGUAUUUCGCCAACAUCAACACGUUGUUGAAGAUCAUGUCGGUGUUGCCGAGCACCACGCUGGAACACUGUGGAGAGGUGAAGCGCUAUAAAAUGUUUCAAGACUACCUGAGCAGCACGUAUGCCAAGGACAGGACGCCGUGUUUGGCCGUGCUCCAGGUGGCCACAAACUUCAACAGAGAUCUGGACAGGAUGGUGACGCAGUGUCUGAAACUCACUCCAAAAACACUGGAAGGAAUCUGCCUGGACAAGGAGGCAAAAACUCUGCGCAAUUCCGAGUCAAAAGCAGAAGACAACCACAAGGACGAGGAGAUGGAGGUUCAACAAGACCGAGCCCCUCAAAAACUCCCGGACUUCAACCAGUUAAAGGCAGAGGAUAACUGCACUACUGUAUACAUCAAAGUUGAGACCCAGCAAGUUCCUGAAGUUACACCUGCUGUAGUUACAGAGGGACCACAGGUGAAGCCUUUGGAUGAGAAUGGUCACUCAGACCAGCCUGUGGAGAAUCUUCAGAGGGUCUUCAUGCUGGCGGGUAAACUGGCCCGGGAAAAGCGUCUGUUUUUGGACCUCCCCAAGGAAGAGCAAGAGCUCGUAAUGCAAGAGCUUGCUAUGUGUCAGUGGGGUGAGGAGAACACAAAAGAUUUCUCAGAUGUGGAUGUGUUGAAAGGAAUUGUGAAGUCGGUGAGGGAAUCGAUCCUCUCUGAAAUACAAGAAUCUCCAUUUUUUUCCAUUAUCAUCGACAAGGCCGUGUCUGUGGAUGACAUGAAGUAUGUUCCUGUCUUCAUCCGCUUUGUGGACAAUUUCACACCAAAAGUGGAGCUUUUAGGAUUUCUGCCCAUGGACACAAGUUCUGAUGCAGAUACCCAGGCUAAGACGCUCUCCAGCAUCCUCUCAGAGGAAUGGGGUCUCCAGAUGGGAUGCUGUCGUGGUCAGUCGUUUAUGUGCACAGGUGUUGGGGGUCAAGGUCUAAGAAAGCUAUCUUUAGGAUUUUGGAGAGCUUUCCCUUGCUGUGAACACACCCAGUGAGUCCUGUGGACUCGCUUAUUGGCUGGCGGUUAGCCUUCAUAACGACCCGAUCACAAAAGUGCUCGGCGUUGUCGAGGACCUGCUACUGUUCUUCGAUCAGUCCCCAAGACUGCAUGUUGAGCUUUCUCAGACAAGGGAAGGUCUCUUGAACACUCCCCGAGAAGCCCUCGCAGAGGUCCCAGAAACAUGCUUGUCGAAGUGGAAAAAGACAGAAGAUUUCUUU